CCGUAACAAUGCAGUUUAAGGAACAUGCACGCCACGCAGCUUUGAUGACUUUGUGACUAAAAGAGCGUGCUUUGUGUCCGUUUGCUCUCUUUGAAGUUAAUUUGCUAAGUACUUGCAGCCGUGCGGCGCGGAGUCUCAAGCCACUGUCGACGGGGAGCCGAGCGUUAGCGACGUCGUACUUGGGACUUCUCGGCUGAAUAUCCGUCGGAGGAAACAAGCCGAACGUUGUUGUUUGUUCGGACAAGCAGUGUUUGGAGGCGCUAGGUUGAUGGGACGCGACAUUGUGGAAGCUGAAACACCUGCCGUCUCCUCUGCAAAAGGUUAAGACAAUCAAAGGCAACAUCCAAGUGCCUGCACUGAGCAGUUUCCUUUCCCAGAGCGUGACUCGUCUACACGACGUCACCAAUGCGACCAUGGGAAGUAGCAGUAAAUAGGCUGCCCCCAACAGCCCCCUUGAACCCAAGGAGGUUUCUUGGAGAGCCCUGUAACAUCCCUGUGCAUCUCAGGAGCCCACAAGUGAGACGUCAGUGGGGCAGACGAGACAGACCUGUGCUACACACUUCUCUGGUCCACGAUGAGAAUCUCCAUCAUCUGCUUUUCUCCCAACAUCACCAACAGGUUCCUAUAGAUGAUUCCAGACAAUUCAGCCACACCAGCUCUCAGCCACGCAUGCUUCACCCUGCUGCCCACUUGCCUCAACAGAACCCCAUCAUGGUGGAUCUACACGAGCAGAUGCACCAGGGAUCCGUUCCAAUAUCAUACACUAUUACGACGGUGACAACCCAUGGAUUUCCCAUCCACACUGGCCAGCAUUUACCAGGGUGCACCACUCAGCAGCUCCCAGCAUGCUCGGUAAUGUUCAGCGGACAGCUCUCUCUGCUUUGCUGCCUUCCUCCUCCUCUCAUACAGGCAUGUACCAUGCAGCAUAUGCCAGUGUCGUAUCAAGCCUUCCCACCCUUGAUCUCCAGCGAACAUUUUAUAUUGCACCCAACCCCAUGUGUACCCCCCCACCAGCCGCCGCACCUUACUCCUCUGAGCCAGUUUGUCCCUUUACAACCUCAGCACCCACGCAUGCCUCUACAGAGGGUAGAGAAUGAAGUUGACCUAAGAGGGGACCAACACCCAUUAGGAACCUUCUCGUACCCUCCCUCACAUCAUCCACCAGCGCUGCCUCCUUCUCUGCCCAUACAGUAUCUUCCUCAAGAGCCUCUGCAUCAGGAACUUCCCUUCGGAGUGCCAUAUCCACACAUGCUGCCCCGGCGAGCGAAUGGACAGAGAUACCGGUUACAGCAGCAUCUCCCUCCUCCGCCACCGCCUCCAUCUUACUACCCAGGCUUCCUCCCUUACUUCCUCUCUAUGCUUCCUGUGCCUCCAACAGCUGUGGGCCCAGCCAUCAGUCUUGAUCUUGAUGUGGAUGAUGUAGAGAUGGAGAAUUAUGAGGCUUUACUUAAUCUUGCCGAGAGGCUGGGUGAAGCAAAACCACGUGGACUUGCCAAGGCUGACAUCGAGCAACUUCCAUCGUACAGGUUCAGCUCAGAGAAUCAUCUAUCUGAACAAACGCUGUGUGUUGUGUGCUUUAGUGACUUUGAGUGUCGGCAGCUACUUCGGGUAUUACCCUGCAACCACGAGUUCCACGCCAAGUGUGUGGAUAAAUGGUUAAAGACCAAUCGCACUUGUCCCAUCUGCCGAGCUGACGCGUCCGACGCCGUGGCCGUGCACUGAACGGGCCCAGUUAGUCCUAAAGCUGUAGACACCUGCCAAGACCUACAUCCUCCAGUAACUACAGCUAACUACCCACUUCCUGAAUAAUAAGCACUCUGGGAUCCUUCCUAGAGCCUGUAGUCUUGUGAAAAAGGCGCUGCAGCCCAAAAGGCGGGAACGCUGGGAUUAACCAGCCGGGACUUUCUCUGCCGUCCUCGUUGCAGAUUCCAAAGAGUUAAUCCCAUCCACGUAUUAUCUGCUGCUUUUGUUUACAGGGUUUGCAUUUGUUCCGUGUAGGCUUGGUGGUUGGCGUUGACGCGUGACAGUUAACAAAGACUAGUACGAGGGCCGUAGAUGCAUGUUUGUAUUGGGCCAUAUUUGUUCUGCAAUACGGUAUUGAUCUUUUCUACACUUACAGCCCCUCUUUUGUUCAGCCUCCCGCUUUUAGGCGCCUAUCCUCUGUGGAACACCCAUGUCUGAAAAAGAUGUCUUGUAUUAAUGAACUGCAUCAUUUCAAGAAUAUUUAGCAUAACUGCACAAGUGCUUACUUCUAUCCUCUGCGUGUGUGAGAGUGUGUGUGUGUGUGUGUGCAGGUGAGCCAAUGUAUUGUGUAACCACUGGAUGCUCGGAUUUGCAUGUUGAUUCCGACUAGCAAUAUUUAAAGCAAGCAUUACCACCAAAAUGAUCAAAUUUAAAAGGGAAAGAGAAACAAAGAAGUGCUUGCUUGGUUGGAAGAGGCGUGUGCAGACAGCAAUAUGUGCAGAGUGGCGAGCUUCGAAUGGACUUUUUAAACUUCCCGUUUGAGGAAGACGUGGCUGCGUGUUUUUUUUUUGUUUUGCGUGUGAGCCAACAUUUGCUAUCUUAGGACCUUGACAAGCACAAACCUACUAAUACUAACCUUGGAAAAUACUGUGUCAUUUUCACCAUUUCUACGAAAGUUUAUUUAUUGCUUUUUAAUCUUAAAAUCUAGAGAAAAUGCAUUUGAAGGAAAGUUUAACAAUGUUUGGUAUGUGUUUAUACUCUGGUAACGUGGUCAGGUCAUCCGCUUAAUGGUGGUGUUUACUAAAAAACAAAACGACAGAAAAAAAAAAAAGAAAAAAAAAAAGCAAGUAUGUUCAAGUUCCGUGUGAAUGCUUUUAGAUUUGAAGACAGAAGAAUGUUGCUGAAGUCGUGGUUGCACUGCGGCGCACGCCCACCGUCUGCACCCCAAAGUGAGCCGCACGGGGGCUGCGAAGGCGGGACGUGUCGGGUGGUGUGGGAACACUGUGGGACUUCUACUUUCCUGCGUGUGUUCACACUUCAAAUAAGUCAGCACUAACAAGGCCGUGUAAAAGGGAUCUUUGCCUUUUUUCUUUCUACUUCAGUGUCUUAAGUGAGUCUUUGACAUGUGUGCGUGCCACCUUUUGAACGACAAAAAAAAAAAAAAAGCCAUUUAAUGAGUUCUACCCACAGCUUUUGAGAAUCUAUGUGUACAUAUCUACUCGCAGGCUAUAUCGUACGUAAAAAAAAAUAAAAAUAAAAAAACACAAGAAAAAAACCACUCAGGGCCACUCGGUAUAUAAAAAUAAAGGACAAACGGAAAGGAUGCCAUGAAAAGGAUAUAUCUGAAUUUAUGUUGGUCAUUUUCCUCGGGCCAGAAAUGAGUUUAUGUAAUCAAUUAUAUCCGUAUUUUAACGACAAGGCAUGUUUCAAAAUAAAAAGAGGCAAUGUACACAGCAAGUCAUUUAUAACCCACUUCUUAAUGUGCACACUUUCCAGGUGUUUGCAUGACUUUACAAAGAAUAAGGAAAAAAAAGAUCUAGUUGAAAUCUGGCAGGAGGGCCAACAGUACGCUUAAACGAUGCACAAUAUGCAUGCUUGUCAACCACUUCGUAGUUGGCUUCUGGAGGGUUGAAACUUGUACCGCUCAGCUGAUAACUGCCAUGCAUUGUACUGCACAUAUUUCUAAUUGAACUGAAUGACUUACAAGAUUUUAUUGCGCUAACUUCAUUUUACAGAAGAAGAAAAAAAAAAAUGUCUUGAGUCCUAUCGAUUGUUUCUGUUGUUACUGUUCUUGCCCUAAUGACUGAAAACAAACCUGCUCUGAGACUACUGUAGUUUGAUCAAAAAGCCAUAGUGACAAGGUGCUAGAUGUUCUGCUUUUUAGGUAUGAAUGCAAUAGUUUGUCAUGGAUCUCAUGUAUUCUUAAAGCAUGUUCUACUAAUAACCCAGUGGAGGUCAUUCUAAUUAUAGUUUGUUACUAAAAAAAAGAAAAAAAAGUGUUGUCAUACUUAUUCCAAUGUAAUGCUGUACUGCCUCUCAGGCACUUGCUCUCUCCGUGUAUCAAUAUCUUCAAAUGUAUUGUUCACAUAUAUUUCAUAUUAGCGCUUAUUUUUGGAGUGGGAUCGACCAUUUAAUUGGCCCUACUACUUUAAAAGAAGCUCCCACUAAAGACUAAGAGUAUUUGUAGUCUUUCUGCUAACUUCAGUAAUCACACACAGAGGAAAAAAAAGAUGUUCCAAUAAGCAGCUAAAAAAAAUGUUUGGAUUUGUGAUUGAUUGCUUUGUAGAAGCCAGUUAUUGUUUACCAAUUAUCUCUUUUUGCUGUGAUGGGAUUGUGGUUUACUGUUGUUACCCUCCCUGGCCGCUAGAGGUCCCCAUCUGACCUCUUGACCCAACCCACCAACAGAGCCAGGCCACAUGUUCUUUUGUUAGGCAGAUAGUUUUGCUUUGGUACUUGCACUUUUACAGUUACCUCAUUUUUCCAUGUUUGUAUUGCUGCGGGGCGGGUGGGAUGAAACAACUAAAAUAUAUAUAUAUAAAUUUAUAUAUGUGAAAAAUAUAUAUAAAUAUAUAUAUAUUAGAGGAAAUGGCUGUGAUUAUUUUGUCAUUCCAUUGGAAUCAUUGUUUGUAGCAUUUAACAUUAGUGUAUUACGCAUCUGUAUACUGUUUGGAAUUUUUAAGAUUUGUACUUUUUUUAAAUGAAAGUUGCUAGUUAUGCUUUAGCAAGUAGUGCAAUCAUAUUUUUUGUCGCUCAUUGGAAAGGGUUGUUCACUAAUAAAUGUAUUACGUAUACCAACA